AUGAGUAACGGUCUACCGGAAAACGUCUCAAUAACGGCCGGACAACCACUUGGGAUGCGUGAUGACGCGUCGGGCGUGGACGCGAGCCUUCUCCCAGUGGUAGGAGGCCCACAUCAAGAUCUGGAUGCUGAGCGUCGACCCGGACGCGUUUUGUUCGCUAAUACCAUCCGAAAAAACUCAAGUCUUGUUGGACGAUGGAGGGAGAUGCUGGACGAGGAAGUCUGCACGCCACCUCCUUCCACACCGGCCCAACCGCCUAUUCCAAGUGCGCUGCAACAGCCGGGUGAAGAGUAUGCUGCUCCUUUACCCGUCCUUUCAAUGCUUGUCUUGUCGAUUACUAUGUUGGGUGAAUUCCUGUCGGCGAACGUUUCUGCGCCCUGGAUUCUCUUCAUGGUCCAAGGUUUCAACCAAUUCUCUGACGAAUCCCGCACUGGAUAUUCGACCGGAAUUUUAGUGUCAACUUUUUUUCUGACACAGUUCUUGACCUCCUUGCUUUGGGUGACAAUAGCGGCUAGGUAUGGGCAGCGAUUCGUCUUAUUCAUAUCGCUUUUCGGCACUGCCGUUACCUGUUUUCUGUUUGGUAUAUCCUCGUCCUUGCAACAGGCGAUGGCAAUACGCCUGAUGCAGGGUGUCUUCGCCGGUGCAAUCGGUGUUGCGCGAGGCUGCGUCACGACUAUUACGGACCAGAGCAAUGAAGGAAGAGCCUAUGCCAUUCUGGGCUUUUGUUGGGGUAUGGGUGGUGUUGCUGGAGCCGUCAUCGGAGGAAUAUUCGAAUCUCCUGCUGCAAAAUGGCCGUCAGUUUUCGGGCGGAUACCGCUGUUCGUCAAAUAUCCGUACCUACUUCCCUGCGGUGUCGCGGCGUCAGUGACCUUCACAGGUUCUAUCAUGUGCCUCUUCCUUGGACCAGAUGGUGGGCCUCGUGAAAGAGCCAACCUGGUAUCUCUAGAGAAGACUGCGAGCAUCGAGGAAAGAGAAGUGACUUCGGCCACGUCCCUUCUCGAUGGCCCAUCACGCCAUGCUCAUUAUGGCUCUGUCCGUGGUUCUUUCCGGAUUUCGCUCCGAGGGAGGCCCUCUGGGUACUUUCCCAGACAUAUUUCCGACAUGCAGGAGCGCCCAACGUCACCUUUACUAUUUCAAAACGAACCAGCAUCAGUGUUAUCGACUCCAUCAAGGAUAAGCAGGUAUCAACCACUCCCGCAGACCAGUGGGUUGGCGUACGAGUAUAGUGGCACCUAUAGGUCGAGGCCUGGCAGCAGCUCGACGCGCAGAUUAAGCAGGGCCAUAUUGUUCAGCCGCCGACGCGACGUAGAGGGCGUGCAGUCCUCCAUGGAUGCCAGAAGCGAACGCAGCUUCACACAUCGGUUGGUCAUGGCGAACGAAAACGCGGUCAACAAUCUUGCAGACUUGUGGGUUGCCGCUGCGAUGAGUGUCGACGGUGAGGAUGCUUUCGAGUCACAGUCAGAAGUCGACACGGACACGGACGACGAUGAGGACGAUGAGGGUCCGGAGGAACUCGUGCAGAUUGUCGGAGGGAAUGGUGGUGAUGUGUCUGGAACGAUCCCUUCCGUUCCUGCCAACCGCAGCAACCGCUUCUACAGGACGCGGUCUUUGCCUGUCUCGAACCCUCAAAUGAAGCAGAUGUAUGAUGGUCGGUAUCCUAGGACGCGUGGUUCGCUUUCUCGCUCCAAAAGCCGUUUUCCAGCCAUCCGACGCCGCUCAUCGACAUACUCCCUACUUCCUUCCGCCACCGAUCUUGCAUCACGUCGACUUCCCGGUGCUGCAUCAAUAUUUGCGCAUGCCGGUGUGCGUCCACCUCCCGCAGUGCUUGAAGUGCAACAGCCACUCCCACCGAUGGAUGAACCUCUCGCACCAUUGCCUCCAAUAUUGGAGUCCCAGCGUGUCGAAAACGUCGCGGAGGAACCGAAGGAACCGUCGCUGUUAUCGCAGUUGCCUGUGCUCGUGAUCAUCCAAUAUGGCUUACUUGCGCUGCAUACAACCACUCAUGACCAGGUGUUCUAUCUCUAUCUUGUUUCCAAAUACCCAUUGGGCGGUCUGAACCUGGAUGCGGGCCACUUCUCGCAGCUUAUCGCAUUGAUGUGUCUGGCGCAGAUUGCCUAUCAGUUUUACUUAUACCCGAAUAUCGGUCCUCCUAGAGGUCGCUUCUCGCAUCUAGCCGUUUUCCGCAUUGGCUCUCUGCUCUUCAUACCCUCAUACCUUUCUGUCGUUCUAUACCGUCCGAUGGCCGGCCCAACCGGCGACGCAGAUCCAGUUCUGAUGUCUGCACUCGCACUCAGCACAGCUAUACGUUAUUGUGGGGCCACCUUCACAUUCACUUCUGUUGCCGUCCUGCUGAACUACAUGUCCCCGCCUCACAUGGUCGGCUACGCCAAUGGCGUCGCGCAGAGCAUAGUCAGCCUUGCACGUUUCAUUGGACCCAUUCUUGGCGGGACUCUUUGGUCCAUGAGCGUGGAGAAUGGACCUUCGGGCUACGCUCUAGGCUUCAUCGCGUGCGCGUCUGUGUGCGCACUCGCUGUUACGCACAGUCUUCUCAUCCGAUGA